AUGAACGAGGACCUAAUCUCCAUCCUUUGCGACGAGAGCUGGUACUAUGACCAGAAAGGAUUCAACGAUGUCUUGUUCAGGAAGGAUGGAACGGGCGAAAUUGUAUUCCGCGGCGAGACGACUAUAAUGAUUGCCACAGCGUUCCAUUGGAAAGUCUUCUCCCAGUCCAUCAACCAGGGAGCGAACAAUUAUCAAAAAAUCCCCCAUGUUAUCGGCCAGUUGGACAUCGAAAUGACAAUCACAAAACGCCGACUUACUCGAUGGAAAAAGCUGGACGAACUGCAACUAAACGAGGCUUAUCUUACGGAAGACGCCUUUAUGCCAAAAACGUAUACCAUCUGCUUAGAAAAAGGCAGCUUCCUUACACCUUGGGCCGAGUCAAACUUUAAAAAAUUCCCCUCUGCGCCUCCGAGAUACGCACUACGUCUAAAAUUUGACAAGUCGCCGUAUCCUCCACGGCAUGAAUUGAAAAAUCCUGAAGGAGGACCGGAACAGGUGAAAGUGUGGGACUGGAAAGAAUUCUGUAAUCGCGAGCUACCGGAGGAUCAAUGGGUUGGACCUACUUUCUGGAAUACCAACUGUAUAGUUCAAUAA